CGCCAAACUGCGCCUGCGUCUUUUCCCUGCGCCUGUGGGCAUUCGCCCGUAAUCCAGAAUCUCCAAUGUGCCUCAUUCUUUCUCCGGACUCCAAAUAUUUCUCAUCCAGGCUAUGACAUAGCCGUCUGCAGCCUUCAAUUUUCCUCCCUCGGUGUGCAUUUUGUUUGUUUCAUAAUGGCAGAGUAUUGGAAAUCAACGCCCAAGUACUGGUGCAAACACUGCAGUGUCUAUGUCAAAGACACUCCGUUCGAGCGCAGACAACAUGAAGCAACAGCAAGACACGAGAAUAACCUGAAACGAUUCCUUAGAGAUAUCCAGAACAGUCAUGAGAAAGGUGAGCGGGAGAAAGAGCGGGCGAAGUCUGAAGUGGAGAGGUUGGCCAAAAUCGGUGGUGGCACCGCUCAGCAAGCAUCGUCUCUGUCUUCUGGGACAGCCGCCAAACCUUCAUCGGCCGCCUCAGUAAGGAAGCAAGCAGCAGCACCCACAGCUGCUGACCAGAAAAGACAAUGGGCCCAAUUGGCCGAGAUGGGUAUCCAAGUACCGGAGAAUUACAGAGCGGAAAUGGCCAUGGCCGGAGACUGGACGGUAGUGUCACAAAAGUCGGUUACUGAAUCACCACUAGAGGAGCGCUUAAGUACUGGAGUAAAAAGGCGCAAGUUUGAAGGUCAAGAAGAACAGGAAGAAGCCGGGGAGACUGUGGCCCGACGUGGUUGGGGUUCAACAACUCGACAAUAUCCGGGGAAAGAUACCACAGACCUCGAUGAUCUACUCUCCGCCACGGUACCUCUGAAGAAAGAAGAGGCCGUUUCGCCGUCGCUGGAAGAAAAGAAGCCAAAGGACGAGGACGGUUUGAAGCAGGAAGACAAAGCUGCAUCUGGCCAGGAGUCGGACAACAAUUCCAAACGUACAUCGACCAAACAAGAGGGUCCGAACUACCCCGACGGCACAACCGAGAACCCUCGAGUCAAGAAUGAGAUCAGUGAUGAGCAGACCGAUCGCUCGCUCGACAAGAUCCCAGAGGCUACACCGAUCCCAGUUUUCAAGAAGAAGCGCAAAGCUAAAGCGUCCUGAAACAACUCACGUCAUCUUUGCGACGGUAUUUUGUAUCUCGACCAGCACAAGCGAACCGAGCAGCUCAGAUAAGCGAGAUCAAACGCGAAGCAGCAUUCCGAGUUUGUUGCCGCGUGAUACUUCAGGUCUGAAGUCAAAUUAAGACGACAACGGAACAUCCGCACCGACGUUGUUGAUUGACAGCGAUUGUACGUGAUAAUGGCCACGUGCAGGUACCGUCAUACACCUGCGCACGUUGUAUAACUCCACUGACAGUUCCAUCCUCGUCUGAGAAGAGGGCUCGGGGAGGGUGUCUGUUGGAUUGUGCUUCAUGUCAGUACAACGCCGGAGGUGAUGUGAUCGAUCCUGAAUCCGCGUUUGGCUACGUGCAUCAGCAGAAGUGGAGCUGGAUCGAUUCAUCAGCUUGAACCAUGCAUCGGUGGUCUUGCUCUCUUUUUAAAUGCCACGUCCGGAAUGGUUGGGCAUCGCCUGCCGUAAGCCCCUGUGAGUGUAAUCGUAUCAAUGGUAAGCAGAGGACACUCUGACAUGAAGUAGUGACAAUGGCAAAGCGUGAACGCUGACUCAUCGAGUGGAAAAGUCCCAUAAACCAUAUUCCCUAAUUCUCAGGGUAUUUGUACGGGGGUUCCUAAGGUAGGACAAGAUAACACACCUUAGAGACAUCCCUGGACACAGCUCCGUCACGACUCCUAUGUCUCUUCUUUCAUCUCACAAUAAUAUCGUGUUGUGGUACGAUGGAGGAGGAUUUUAGGCAUCGAGCCAAUGGCAGCAGGGCCAAAUUGGGGCGAGUCGUAUCGACUCUUGUCCAGCCAUGCAGCAACUCCCCGGCCUCGGUUAGGACACGAUUAUGCAGCUACUGGUAAGACUCCAACCCAACGCUCAUGCGCCCAGCCAUUAGGCGGCACAAGCGGUGCAAGUCAACAGGACGUCUUGGUCCAGGGUAGCCUCUCGGGUCUGCAUGUACCUUUCCUUGAACGGACAUGUCAAGGGCGCAAGGUUUCGUUCGGAGAAUUGCUGUUCACCAUCAGCCAACAGAGGGCCUUGACAGGGCAAUCAUCCGCGCAUUAGCGCUCGUCUUGCCAGCAGCCCUUCCCACCGCUAUGCUUCGCUGUCUUGGUCUGGAGCCUUUUCUUGUGUAGAGACUCUGGUCUGAACGACACAUAGUAGUCACGAGCGGGUUGUCGAAUGGAGGGGCAAUGGCCUUAGCGUCGACAACCCCCUGUCUAGGCGGUCCAGCUUUUGUCAAUCAGUGUCUCAGGGAACAAUUUUCUUGCAUUCUUCGUGUUGAGCAAGGAAUCUCAUGUGACACAACAAGGCACCACGAGGGGGGUAGGGAAGUGACAAAUGAAACUCCGUCCUUGGUACCUAGUUGGAUUGCAGAUCAGUCGCGCUCCAUCCGUGCAUGGUGGCUGGGCGAUCAUACUCGUAACUGAUAGGGGAGUGCACCUUGUGUAUCUGAACGGCAAGUCAGUGCUCGCUUUCUUUAGAAGAUGGCAUGGGAACAAUGCUAAAGCUGGUCUCGCUUCGAAGCAGACAAAAGCCCGUGCGUCGGAUUGGACUCGUGUCGGAGAUUUUCUACAGACCGCAUCUGAAGAGGUGGUAGUGAACUACUGGGUGUACGGAGUCGGCUUUGGUGUUUAGCGGCCCUUUCUUGGUGUCUGGUUAGGAGGCCUAUACUCCGCAGGGCCGGUUCUUGUUCUCUUCGAACAAGUGUUUCAGUUACAUAGCGUGACCAGGGUGAAGGUGAUCAAACGGACGCUUCAGAGUCCAUCACAUCCCAAUCUGUCCAUCUUUGUUUUCCCAACCUCUCCAAUAGGUUCGCGAGCGGGCACUGAUAGGCGCUCUGGCGUCUUGCAGUGGACCGACCAGGGAAGAUUAGGCUAGCUGGAGGGAAGGCUAAGGGAAACGAGGUGAGAUAGAUUGGGCAAAGCUGGAGAGUAGUUGCUCCUCGGCGUGCUGGAGCCUUGAGGGGGGAGAGUAGACGGACAGGUUGAACGCUGACAUGGUGGCAUCAGAAAAGAUACUACGUCGGCCUGCGCAAAGUGGAUUGGACGAUAAUCGACGAGCGAGAGGAGGUGGUGGAUGCGCUCCGGAAACCAGACUUGUUCGUGGACUCGCCGACUGGACUGAUACAAGGUCGGACUCCAUUUCUCGAAAGUCAGCUAGCAGGGUUCUAGAGUGACUUGGCAACGGUCAAGAAGCACUGUGACAGGAAUUCAAUUGCUGUUUUGGAACAGGAAAGAGAGGGUUGACCAGGGGUAAGGGAUUGUAGGGAGUAAGAAAAGGGAAGAAAGGCUCACGAAGAAGAGACAGGGGGGUGAACGGAGCAGUUUACCAGCCCACCAGCCCUGGAGUGGUGGUGACUUUCGACGGUGACAGUACGGAGUACUCGUACUGUCUACAGUGGUGCUCCAUACGGAGUAGGGAAACACUGUAUCGACUCCCCUCCGACCACAAGGUACGUACGCGUGCGUCUUACCAGGAUUUAUUCGUCUCCGUUCGGAAAGGCUUCGCGUCCAGACGCAUCCUCGGUGACUGUGGCCCUUUUUUCGCAUUCUCUUACUCUCCCGUACGAGUAUGAGUAUGAGCCUGGGAUGUUUACAGUACGAGUACCUCCUACCGCCUACUACGGAGUACUCCAUAGGCACUACCCUCUACUGUCCUCUACGCUUGUGGAUGCCGCCUUCGGUGCCGUGGGUUGAUAGCGGCUGCUGCCCAUUUUAAUUUCUCCAUCCUAUGUCUCCUUUGCCUCUUCGUCGUGCGAUUGUUACUCUGUAUAGCUAGCAGCCCCGAUGCGCCAUUCCAUGCAGCAGACCCAGGCGGGCAGCACUAGGGACUGGCAAUGCACUUAUCCUGGUACGUCUAAGCUGCAUAGACUUACGCC